AUGGCCGACUCCGACGAAGAAUAUGUGGGCGAGGUAACAGAGGAUGAAGACGAUCUCCAGGUGACUCGAGGCGAUACAAGAGCAAGGAAAAGAAAACAGCGCGGAGGCGCAGAAUGGGAGCUAUCCAGAACCUGGGAGACUCUGGUUGAGGGUGCGGAUGGGACCAUCAAUUCCACCGUCGAGGGCCUUCUGGAGGCGGGCAAAAGGAAAAGGCUAUUGAAAGAUACGACACCAUUGCAGCGCGGUAUCAUUCGACAUCUCAUCCUCAUAAUCGACCUUUCACAGUCCAUGUCUGAGAAAGAUCUGCGACCGACACGGUACCUGUUAACGCUUCGAUAUGCUCAGGAGUUUGUGAGAGAAUUCUUUGAGCAAAAUCCCAUUUCCCAGCUCGGCGUCCUUGGACUGAGAGAUGGCCUUGCCCUUCGCGUCAGUGAUAUGAGCGGUAAUCCAACGGAGCAUCUCGCGGCUAUCCAAGCGCUAAAAACACAGGAUCCCAAAGGUCUUCCCAGCCUUCAAAACGGAUUGGAGAUGGCGCGUGGUGCGCUUUUGUAUGUCCCCGUGUCGGCAACAGCCUCCCCGAAGAAAAAUAAUCCGCUAAUCCGUGAAUGUAGCCAUACUCCAAGCCAUGGCACUCGAGAGGUGUUGAUCAUCUUCGGGUCUCUCCUUUCCUCUGACCCUGGAGAUAUCCACCAGACAAUAAGUAACCUGAUCAGCGACAAGAUCCGAGUUGGGAUCGUCGGUCUUGCCGCGCAGGUUGCAAUCUGCCGUGAGCUUUGCACCAAAACAAAUGGCGGGGACGAGACAGCGUAUGGGGUGGCACUGAACGAACAACACUUUCGGGAGCUGAUGAUGGACGUAACAACACCACCGGCUGCUUAUUCGCAAAAGGAAUCUGCGAGCUCUUUGCUAAUGAUGGGGUUCCCGUCUCGUACGGUGGAGUCCAGCCCUUCUCUCUGCGCGUGUCAUUCAAAACCCUCGCGGGGCGGCUAUCUCUGCUCACGAUGCAAUAGCAAAGUGUGUAGUCUCCCUGCAGAGUGUCCAUCCUGUGGACUUACAUUGAUUCUUUCGACUCACCUGGCACGUUCGUAUCAUCAUCUAUUCCCUUUGAUAAACUGGGUCGAGGUCCCGUGGCGUCGAGCCUCACAAAGUUCUGCUUGCUUUGCCUGUGGUAUUUCUUUUCCACCAGUUCCCCCAGAAGAUCAAUGGCAAGUGGCCGAAACCCAUACCAAGGGAAUGAGUGUGAGCAGUCGCUACGGGUGUACAGCGUGUCAGAACCAUUUCUGUAUCGACUGUGAUCUAUUUGCACAUGAGGUAGUACACAACUGUCCUGGGUGUCAAAGUAAAAGUGCAAGCUUGCACUCCGCGCCCAAGGCAACAAGUGAGGGCAUGGAUACCACACUCUAG